CUUGGGCUCCUAAAUAUUAGGCCCACAUUAUAUUCAAAUGAGGCCCAUCGUAACUGUUCAGCUUAAAGGAACAGAACAGGUGAAGCAGGUCUUUAACAAAACCACAGAGAGAGACGAGUCAAAAAGCUUCUUACCAAACCCUACAAUGGCAUAACUGCUCCAUUUCACAGCUCCCUACAUAAAUAAACCCCCUUCUCUACUCAGACUCUGAUAGUUGAAAGCUUCAUUUCAAUCGAGAUCUAUGGCUGGCCACAUUCCAUCACCACAAACACAGCCCCUAACGUUUUUCCAUGCGGGUUUAGCUUCUGCAAGCUUCCUCCUUCUCUGCCUUUCGCUGUUCAUAUGUGCUUCUCAUUCCAGGAAAAACCUUAGGCGCUGGGCUGCCUGUUAUGGCUCUAGAGAUCAAGAACCUGUCAUACAGCUGAACAAUCACAUGACGAUGACGAUGAUGAUGGACGAGAACGGUGAUCCAAGCACAAUGCUCAGCGGGGAUCAGAGAAGAGUCCCACUGUGGCAGAAGAACAUUCUCAUGGGCGGAAAAUGUCAGCUUCCUGACUUCUCGGGCAUUAUCUUGUAUGAUUCUGAGGGUAAUGUUGUUGCUCCUCGCCUGGAAGUAACGCCAUGACUUGUGCGUCUUUGUAAAACUGUUCCUCGAUGAAAAUGCGACAGUUGAACUGUCUAAACCUCUAGCUAGUAGAGCAAUGAUUAUGCAUUCAUUGUUUAGGGCCCAUGAUUACAUUUUCCUCAUUUGGCCCAUAAAACUCCUCAGCAUUGAAAUUUGGGUGACGAACACAGACCACACUAAUCAUUUGAAGUUUCGA